AUGCCAGCGGCAGAACCACGGUUAAAUAUCUCGGACACAUUCUGCCCUUCGAGCCUUCCUCAUCAGCACAUCAGCUACAGCAAGAGCACUGUCACUUUCCAACAACAUUCCAGAUAUCCGGCAGUCAUGGCCGGCAUCGACAGAAAUAUGGAGGAGAAGAUGGAGUUCGCAACAUCGAAGGAGGUCACUGUUGCGCCUACAUUUGAGAACAUGCAGCUGAAAGAGAAUCUCCUGCGUGGAAUAUACGCCUAUGGAUACGAGUCCCCUUCAGCUGUCCAGUCUCGAGCCAUCGUCCAGAUCUGCAAAGGACGAGAUACCAUUGCCCAAGCACAAUCCGGUACCGGGAAGACGGCCACUUUCUCCAUCAGCUGCCUUCAAGUCAUUGACACUGCUCUUCGCGAGACGCAAGCUUUGGUCCUCUCUCCUACUCGAGAGUUGGCCACUCAGAUCCAAUCGGUAGUGAUGGCGCUUGGGGACUAUAUGAAUGUGCAGUGUCACGCUUGCAUUGGUGGGACAAACGUUGGGGAGGACAUUCGCAAGCUUGACUACGGCCAGCAUAUUGUCUCGGGUACACCAGGAAGAGUUGCAGACAUGAUCCGACGACGCAAUUUACGCACUCGCAACAUCAAAAUACUUGUGUUGGACGAAGCAGAUGAGUUGCUCAACCGCGGGUUCAGAGAGCAAAUCUACGAUGUCUAUCGAUACCUUCCUCCCGCGACCCAAGUCGUCGUGGUUUCCGCUACGCUUCCAUACGACGUCCUAGACAUGACUACGAAGUUCAUGACAGACCCUGUCCGCAUUUUGGUCAAGCGUGACGAGUUGACGCUCGAGGGUCUCAAGCAAUACUUCAUCGCCGUCGAAAAGGAGGAAUGGAAGUUUGAUACCUUGUGCGAUCUCUACGAUACACUCACCAUCACACAAGCCGUCAUCUUCUGCAAUACUCGUAGAAAGGUUGACUGGCUGACGGACAAGAUGCGUGAAGCGAACUUCACCGUGUCUUCAAUGCAUGGCGAGAUGCCGCAGAAGGAGCGAGAUAGUAUUAUGCAGGACUUCCGUCAAGGCAACUCCCGCGUUCUCAUCUCGACGGAUGUUUGGGCCCGUGGCAUUGACGUCCAACAAGUUUCUCUUGUUAUCAAUUACGAUCUUCCCAGCAAUCGUGAGAAUUACAUCCACAGGAUCGGUCGAAGCGGACGAUUUGGACGGAAAGGUGUCGCCAUCAACUUUGUUACCAGCGAAGAUGUUCGCAUUCUGCGUGACAUUGAAUUGUACUACUCAACGCAGAUUGACGAAAUGCCCAUGAAUGUUGCGGACCUUCUGACUUAA